GCGUGACUACAUUUCCCCUUUCACAAGCGAUGAGCAGCGUACUUGUUUUGCGUCUGUGACGAUCAAACUGUUCCAGUCACAUCACUGCACAGUAAUUGCAAACACCAAAGCUCAAAUCAAUCAAAACCCGGCAACCCAAAAUCCAAAAUCCAUGGCCACCAUUGCUGCGGCUGUCCACCAAUAUUAUCCACAACAUUUUCCCGUUAUCCAAACGCCGCCAAUUCCAUCCAUUAUAAUCAGAAAACGAAGCACCAAGCACUAAGAUAACCCAACGACGAUCAGAAGCAUUCUCAAGUUCCAUGGUGGCAGGGCGACAUGAAUCAGUCUCCGCCGGCCGCCGGGAUUUCCCCUUUUUGUUCGCAGAAGCUGCCUCCAUUUAUCAGAGAGACCGGCAUCUUUGGACUCAGGUUUGGGUCGCCGAGAAAGGGCCGGGUCAGGAGGCAGCUUAAGUUCGUAGUUAGUGCAGAGUUUUUGAAACACUUUUCCUCGAACAUCGGUUUGGACUCUCAGACAACUCAGCCUCAUGAUUUGUCACAAUUGCCUUGGAUUGGUCCGGUUCCUGGCGACAUUGCAGAAAUUGAGGCUUAUUGUAGAAUCUUUAGAGCAUCUGAACGGCUUCAUAUUGCAUUAAUGGAUACAUUAUGCAACCCAUUAACUGGAGAAUGUAAUGUCUCAUAUGAUUUUUCUUCAGAGGAAAAACCUUUGUUGGAAGACAAAAUAGUGUCUGUGCUUGGUUGCAUGGUGUCUCUCUUGAGCAAAGGAAGGGAGGAUGUACUUUCUGGGAGAUCCUCCAUUAUGAAUUCUUUUCGUGUUGCGGAUGUAAGUGCAAUUGAGGAUAAGCUUCCGCCACUUGCUGUCUUCAGAAGUGAGAUGAAAAGGUGUUGUGAGAGUUUGCACGUUGCUCUUGAAAACUAUUUGACCCCUGAUGAUGAUCGAAGCCGAGAUGUAUGGAUAAAAUUGCAGAGGUUGAAAAAUGUCUGCUAUGAUUCUGGCUUUCCUCGUGGAGAUGAUUAUCCCUGCCAUAUGCUGUUCGCCAACUGGAAUCCUGUUUAUUUGUCCUCUUCUAAAGGAUACUUGCCAUCUGAAGAUUCUGAGGUGGCUUUCUGGGUAGGUGGCCAGGUGACAGAAGAAGGUCUGAUAUGGUUAUUGGAGAAAGGAUAUAAAACUAUUGUAGAUCUUAGAGCAGAGACUGUCAAGGAUACUUUUUAUGAAGUGGCACUAGACGAUGCUAUUUUGUCUGGGAAGAUUGAAUUGGUCAAAUUUCCAGUUGAAGUUCAGACUGUGCCUUCAAUGGAGCAGGUUGAGGAGUUUGCGUCUCUGGUGUUGAAUUCUAGCAAAAAGCCCAUUUAUGUCCAUAGUAAGGAAGGAGUGUGGAGGGCUUCUGCAAUAGUCUCCAGAUGGAGGCAAUACAUGAAUCGCCGUGCAUUGCAGCUCCCUAAUCAACCAGUCCCUUCCAAUGGAAUUCUAUCUCAAGAUACAAAUGAAAUGGGAAAGUUUAAUAUAUCUUUGAAUGCAGCUGAAUCUGCAGCCCUUGAAGAUGAAAAUGAAUCACUGCAAGAGAGUUUGAAUGCAAUUCAUAGUUCUAAUGGUGGAUCUCAUGAGCAAGUCUCCUUAGCUUCCAAGAACAAAGAUCGGAGCAGUUAUGAGGCUUUCAAUUGCCUUGUUUCUUGUGAAACUAAAACAUCAGGACAAAUAGUUGAUGAAAAUGAAGUAGGAUCUCUAAAAAACUUAUGGAGGGAAAUCAAUCCUCUCAUGUCUCAGCUUCCUCCUUGCAAUGUUUUUUCUAAAAAAGAGAUGUCUAUGUUCUUCAAACAUAAAAAAGUCUCACCCCUUUCUUAUUUUGAUUAUUUGUGGAAAAGAUUGGAGACACUACCACUUUCAAGAGAGACAUAUAUUGGGACAUUGCAUAGACGUGAAAUUGUUAGUAAUAGUCCAAAGUCAAGGUUUUUGGAUGCAGGGAGUUCAAAUUGGUCACUUAGUGGCAAAAAUCCUUCUCUAAAGCCUCACAUAUCAUCAACUAGCAGUGGGACAUUUCUAAAUGGUGAUAGACCUGCUUCCUUUGGACUUACUGUGAAUGGAUUUGGUGCGGGGGAAAGGUAUUCCAAGGCCAAAACUAAUGUUUCCACCGGUGUAAAUAAUAACCCAAGUACAGCUCCCACAUCUAAAACUUCCAGGGAGGAUCAGAGGAGCAGUGGUGGAGCCUCUGCAGUUUCUACUGAAGACAAUCUUGAGCUGAUUGAAGGAAAUAUGUGUGCUUCUGCAACUGGUGUUGUUAGGGUGCAGUCAAGAAGGAAAGCGGAAAUGUUUUUAGUUCGCACGGAUGGAUUCUCUUGUACCAGGGAGAGGGUAACUGAAUCCUCCUUGGCUUUCACUCAUCCUAGUACCCAACAGCAGAUGCUUAUGUGGAAAUCUACUCCGAAAACUGUAUUGUUGCUGAAGAAGCUGGGUCCAGAACUAAUGGAAGAAGCAAAAGAGGUGGCUUCUUUCUUGUAUUACCAAGAGAAAAUGAAUGUUCUUGUUGAACCUGAUGUGCAUGACAUAUUUGCCAGAAUUCCAGGGUUUGGGUUUGUUCAGACCUUUUAUAGUCAAGAUACCAGUGAUCUUCAUGAGAGGGUAGAUUUUGUUGCAUGCUUGGGAGGAGAUGGAGUCAUACUCCAUGCCUCAAAUUUAUUUAGAGGUGCUGUUCCCCCAGUUGUAUCAUUUAAUCUUGGAUCUCUUGGAUUUCUCACUUCACAUGCUUUUGAAGACUACAGGCAGGACCUAAGACAAGUCAUUCAUGGAAACAACACACUGGAUGGUGUUUAUAUUACUCUAAGAAUGCGUCUUAGGUGUGAAAUUUUUCGAAAUGGAAAAGCAAUGCCUGGGAAAGUAUUUGAUGUUUUAAAUGAGGUGGUUAUUGAUCGUGGUUCUAACCCUUACCUCUCCAAAAUUGAAUGUUAUGAACAUGACCGCCUUAUAACCAAGGUGCAAGGCGAUGGAGUUAUUGUAGCCACACCUACGGGAAGUACGGCUUACUCUACAGCCGCAGGUGGUUCAAUGGUGCAUCCUAAUGUUCCUUGCAUGCUUUUUACACCAAUAUGCCCACACUCUCUCUCAUUUAGACCAGUUAUACUUCCUGAUUCUGCACGGCUUGAAUUAAAGAUCCCAGAUGACUCAAGAAGCAAUGCAUGGGUCUCUUUUGAUGGGAAGCGAAGGCAGCAACUUUCAAGAGGAGAUUUGGUCCGAAUAUCUAUGAGCCAGCACCCACUUCCCACAGUCAAUAAAUCUGACCAAACAUGUGAUUGGUUCCACAGCUUGGUUCGCUGCCUGAACUGGAAUGAGAGGCUGGAUCAAAAAGCCCUCUGAAGACCCUAGGGGAAAACCUGUACUCCAUCACUGUUUGAGUGUCCCUGUAAAUUAUUGUACAGUUCACACUACAGAAAAUUGUCUUAGAGUAUAUACUAUAAAUUUGCAACGUUGGCUCCCCGUAUGAAAAUUGGGUUGGCCCAUUUUUUCCCUUUUUUUCUUAUAAAUUUUGUCUUUGAAGGUCUAUUUUUUUUUUUCACUACAUUUUAAAGAUGUCGCUGUACACUUGUUUAUUUUGUGGUAAUAAAAUGUUAAUGUUGUAUGGCU